UCUAUGCUGCGUACGAUGCAGAAGUGCAUACAUUGUUUUAUAUCAGUUUAUUGUUAGUAGUAAUGCCGAAAUUGAUACGGCGAAAGUGUAUUUUAUAGAAGAAAUAAGGACAAUGGCAAAUAUUUACGUCGGCUUUCACGACCAGAGGAGCAGCAGCAGGGUUUUGAAGCCCCCAGGUGGCGGAUCCUCAGAUAUUUUUGGCACAGGCCCAGUCAAAGCCAAAAACGAAGAAAUUAAAUCCGCCCCAAACACCCCUUCAAAGAACGACGUGGAUACAAAGAAUCAAAUCAACCCCGAGGAAAAGUCUGAUAGUGAUAGCGUAACUAACAACAAGCAAGUGGAACAGUCGAAUUCUGAAGAAAUUAAGAUUGAAAAUUUGAGCAUCAACGAAGAAAACGGCGAAAAACUGGAAGACCGUCCAAGUGAAACCAAGGCAACAUCAAAACCCGAUACUAUAAGCAGUAUUAUCAGGCAAGACGACCAAGUCGAAGUCCAGAGUCCAGUUAUUGAACCUGAGAAGAAAACUCCACAACGCGUACCACCAGGUGGAUAUUCGUCUGGUUUGUGGUAAUUAAUUUUAAGUAUGUAUCCCGCUAAACAAUAUAAUUAUAAAAAAUAAUUCAUGUAACCGUAUUAGUGAAUCGAUUAGUAAAUGUAUACACGUAUGUAUUGAAGUUGUGGCGAUGGCAUUUUUAGUUUUCAAAUAAAAUUUUA